AUGUCGGAUUCUCAACCGUGCGGUUGUAGCCCACCAGAGUCGUGCGGCUGGACGCUGGCAUUGGUCGAAGCACGCAUACCUUCACAAAUCAUCGCUUUCCUGGAGACUGACCUCCUGCCAAAUGGCGGCAGAACCUACGAGUACGCACUGAUGCAGACCGAAAGCCCAGAAAAAAUGGCAGAUCUCAUCAGCUCUGCUCCUGCAAAUGUCGGCGAAGCUGAGAGCCUGGGAGCAAAAGUAGCAAAAUCAGAUCGGUUUGUUGCUGAUGCACCGCCGAUGGAUGGCAUGGUGGCCAUGAACCCUCAGUCGGGCUUUGCGGUCACCACGCCGUUUGCAGGAACCACAACAGGCUGGGUGGAUGAAGCGCUGGCCGAGAACACCUUUGCCUUCUAUGUUUUCCCAUUUGAGGAGAGGCUAGGCAGCAAUCAUCAGCAGCCGCUGCAUUUAUCAACAGAUGUUCGUCUUUUGAUCAAGUUGCCUGUCAAGGACAGGCCCGCUGCAGGCUACAGUUCUCUGGCGGGAAGUUGGCUUCUUCCGAUUGUUGCGUUCAUGGAUUUCACAAACCCCGCCAGUUCAAACUAUUGGACCAAACUGGGUGGGACGUUCCUCCGGAACAUCUCUGCGAACGCUAGCCGCUGGGAAGUUUCCGUACCAGCUGGUGUGUAUUUCACCGCGGCAGUUGCGAGAGAUCCUUUAGGAGCAAUUGCCACUGCCUAUGCUCCUGGGCCUGUGGUGGAAGCUCCCAUAGGUGGGCUGAGCGCAGAAGCAGCAAGUCUGGCCAUAGAUUCAGCCGUGGCGAGUGGAGACGCGGGCGUCAUCCUGGGCAUGCUGAAUUCGUUGACAUCAGUGGAAGUUGCUUCCAAUGAUACAGCCGGCCAGGCAGAAGCCAAUGCAAAGAAGUUUGAGGCAUUGAAGUCGGCAUCCGAAGUGGUACAGACAGAUGCAGGAAGCCUGCAAAAAUUUGGCAGUGUGGUAACCGAAGUGCUCAAAACCUCGGGAACCAAUGGCACAGCAGAUGCUGCAUCCGCAGACCAAGCAUCUGAUGCUCUCAGCACGGUGCUGGAGGCAGCGCUGGGUGCGACAGGAGUGGAUGAGGCUGCCGGCAAUGCCUUGCUGCGCUCAAUCUCAGCCGUCGGUGACAGCUACGCCUCAGUGCAGACAGGGCAGGCAGAAGCUGCGGCAGCCAGCCGUGCUGCAAGACUUGAGGUGAUGACAUCGCAAUUGGGAAGCGCAGCGCUGGCAACGACACCGGUGGGCGGCUCUGCCACACUGAGCUCUGUGGAUGACACGGGCAAGGGCCUUGAAAUCAAAGUGCAGAAAGAGGACAUAAGCACGGCUCUGCAAAAUGGAGUCACAGCCGUUGGAUUGCAGAUACCUGGCGAUUCUCUCGGCUCCCUAGCUGGCCAGCGACGCCUUCAAAGCAGCGGUUGCAGUACACUGGCUGUACAGCAGACUGAUUGGGUGCAAAGUAAUCCCUUUGGCUAUUUGAAUUCCAGCAUUGGUAUCAACCAAUACGUCACAGCAGUUUCAACUGUCAAAGUGGUAGAAGUGAAGCAGUGCGAUUCUUUGGUGACCAUACCGGACCUGGCUCGGCCUAUUGCCAUGACACUGGCAUUGCCUUUGCGACCGCAGUCGCCUCCAGAAGGAUAUGUCUUUGAGCCGGUGUGUGCACGCCUCGAUCCGCUCGGUCAGGCACUGCACACUGAGACUGAUGCUCAAGGAUGGUCUACAAGCGUCACCUCCUGGUUCCUGCCUACAAGCUACACAGCCACUACAGUGGAGUGCCUUGCAACAACACUAGGUGGCGCGUAUGCUGGCCUCUUCAUGCCUGUGCCUCUUGCAACGACCAGCACAACUUCGACACACACGGUCUCAGUCACAUCCUCUGUGACGUCGACCACCCCGCCUACUAUAGCGGUUGCGUCGUCAGAUGUUGGCAUGGUGGCUGGAACUUCAGUUGCCUCGAUUGCCAUCGUGAUUGUUAUUGGGCUAUGUGCCUGGCAGGCGUAUGCAGGCAAUGUGAACUUAAAGGUGAACCUACCAGAUGCCAAGGCCUCUUGCCAGUGGAUGGCUGAGUCAGUCAAGACGGCAAAGAUUGGGGUGAGGCCCUUCGAAAAGCAGCCAUGUGAGCCGCGGCCAGCAUGGGAAGGUGCCGAGCCUUCUCCGCAAGCAGAACCUGCUGCACCUGGAAAGACUGAUCUGAAGCAUGCCCACCGUGAUGCUGAAGACCAUUUCUGGGAUUGGGCAAGGGAUUUGGCACAAUCUGCUUCCCGAUCUGAAGAUGCCUUGCCGCGAGGCAGAUCCUUUGGAUUUGGCCAGUCAGUUGCGGGCACUCCGCCAAGCAUACCACGGCCACAUUUUCCUUCGUUGAGACAGUCCGAUGACAAGGAGGAAUAUUUCCAAAGUUUUGCGCAGGAACUCAAUGAUAUAAUAGGGACGAACAUGCCUAACAUGGCAGAGUCACCUAAGACGCCUCCGCCACCUCCGAAGCGUUCUGCAGAGAGUGCUUUGACUCCUCCAGCACCACCGGCAUUGCCAUCUCCAGAGUCAUUUGGUCGGAGGCCCAGCGUGCGAAGCUCGCCUUUGCCUCCUCCCAUCCUCGAGAACGCGGAGCGCAUAGAUUUGCGAGUAGACCGAGCUUUUUCUGACUGGGCCAGCGAUUUUGCCCUCUGCAUGCCACCGAGUCCGACGCAGGCCAAGGGAAUACCCCCACCCCCACCUCGAAGAGCGCAGGCUCCAAGCGCACUGCCGCUCCCUCCUCCCAGGCCUCCAGGCAUGGCAGGCAUGGAUAGCAGGUCCAGUCGCCAGCCCACAGCCCUCCCACCCAUAGCCAUGCGUGAGAAUGAUCCACACGAGUGGAACCAGUUCUCCCAUCGUCCAAGCUUUGCGCAGAUUCAAGUCGCGUCAACAUCAACCAAUCUGCCGAAGCCUCCACCACCACCUGCACACCACCAGCCAAGACCUUUUGUGCCGCCAACACCAGGCGAUAAUCGCAUACCCUUGGCACCCCCACCCCUUGUAGCCACGCCCUCUCAGGCACCUCUGCCUCCUCCACGGCCUCCACCUAAUAGCACAGAGCCGCACAAGCCAAUCACACCUCCAGUGAUGACGCGUGGUGACCAUCCACGCUUGCCCCUCGUGCCGCCAUCUGCAAACACAAUGAGGCCUAGAUCGCAGCUGGCAAUGCCUUUGCCCAAGCAGCAGCCGCUCCAGCCACCAGGGGUGCCUGAAGGUGUGGAACACAUCGCCAUGGAUCCGAGCUCAUCACGAAGUGAGGAGAGCGCUCCAACCCCUCGGUAG